AUGUUCUCUCAGAAGGUUGCCCAACAGUCGCUGCGACGGCUUGCCGUCCAGCAGCCGCUCGCUAUGCGGUCGUCCAUUCUGGGCGCUUCCCCUGUCGCCGUUGCUCUCGGCAAGAACAUCCAGACGAGACAAGUGACUUCCAGCCCCAACACUGAGGACCCCAACCAGAUCCUCGUCAAGCAGCGUCUCGCCCGUCCCAUCGCUCCCCAUCUCAGCAUCUACAGGCCCCAGAUCGGCUGGAUCGGCUCUUCCCUCCACCGUAUCUCCGGCGUCGCUCUCUCCGGCGCCCUGUACGUCUGGGCCACCGCCUACCUUGCCUCCCCCGUUCUCGGUCUGCACGUCGAGUCGGCCUCCAUGGUCGCUGCCAUGGCUGCUCUCCCCGUUGCGGCUAAGAUCCUCCUCAAGACCACCCUGGCUCUUCCCUUCACCUACCACUCGUUCAACGGUCUCCGCCACUUGAUGUGGGAUCUUGGCCGUGGUCUGUCCAACCCUGUUAUUAUCAAGACCGGCUGGACUGUGAUUGGCCUCAGCGUUGCCAGUGCUGUUGGUCUUGCUUUGCUUUAA